UAGGCGGCGAAGUGAAGGGCAGGAAGCGGAAGAGAUCCUGUGGGGAGGCUGCCUCUCUGCGCCUCUCUCUCGCUCUGCUCUGAGGGUUGCCAUGGCGUCAAGGUUACUGCGGGUGUGCGGGGCCCUGCGAGGGCUCAGCGCGGGCCGGAGUCCCCUGGGCCGGGGGCCGCUGCGCCUGACGGGGGCCGCCCGCUCCAUGGGCGCCGGAGGUAUUCCCAGUGAUGAAGAACAGGCUACAGGAAUGGAGAGGAAAACCAUGAAAGCUUUAGAGAAGGGGCUGGAUCCUUACAACAUGCUACCACCCAAACGAUAUGCUGGAACAAAGGAAGACCCCAACAUAGUCCCUUCAAUUACAGACAAGAGGCUUGUGGGCUGCAUCUGUGAAGAGGACAACAGCACUGUGAUCUGGUUCUGGCUGCACAAGGGAAAUCCCCAGCGCUGCCCCUCCUGUGGAGCCCAUUACAAGUUGGUUGGCUACCAAUUGCCCUGAUUUGGCUUCAAAGCUUUGCUGAGCUCUCCAUUUAUGAUUUCUGGAUAGAGGGCUGAGCUACGUAGCUGUUUAUGUCACGAUGUAUCACAUUCCUUGAAACCUAAUAAAGUCUUUGACUCAUUGUGUGAA